AAUAACUAGUAACUGUAAAAUGUAGUGCAGUAAAUAGUACAAUAUUUCCCUCUGAAAUGGAGCGGAGUAGAGCAGAAGUACAAACUGGCAUGAAAAGAAAAGACUCAAGUAAAGUACAAGUACCUCAAAUUUGUACUUGAGUAAAUGUAGGCCUACUUAGUUACAUUCCACCACUGGCUCUAGCUAUGUUAACCAUUCAUUAGCUUUCUUCCACUCUAACUGACAAGCCAUGACAUGAGCUAAAUUUGCUUUGUGGCAAACUAUGGAACUAAUUCAGCAACAGGUUCUUGAACCGGUUCCGUUCAAGAUUCUUCGAAACUUGGUGCUAGCUAGUGAACCAGCCUGCGUUUUCACCAGUUUUGAGCGGAACCAUUGUGAUCAAGGAUGCAUCAGCAGAGGGCGUUGCACAAUAGUGGCUAGUUCAAGCCACAUCCUGUCAGAACUUAUGCCUCUCAAAGUGUGUGACCUGUUUCUGUUUGGUUUUCCCAUUCACCUUUAGUGCUGGGAAGCAAAGUACACAACCAGAAGAGGCAGGGUUAAUAGUUGAGCUACACUUUUAAUGCAAGUGAAUCAGCUUGCCUCUUCAGUUCACGCCAAUCCAUUCCACCAUGUUUACUUCAGUCAUCCUGCUAUGGCUCUGCGUUGUCUUCAUCAUCCUUCAACUCAAAUCCCGGAGACCCAAGAACUUUCCUCCAGGGCCCACUGCCCUGCCAAUACUGGGGAACAUUUUACACCUGAGCCUAGAGAACCCUUUGAAGGACUUUGAGAGGCUGAAGAAGUCCUAUGGAAAUGUCUACAGCCUGUUCAUCGGUUCCAAACGAGCUGUAGUCAUCAAUGGUUUGAAGGCCAUGAAGGAGGCUAUAGUGACCAAGGCCACUGAUUUUGCUGGACGACCCCAAGACCUGUUUAUCAACGACACCACCGACAGGAAAGGAGUGAUUCUGGCAGAUUAUGGCUCUAGUUGGAGGGAUCAUCGUCGCUUUGCUCUGAUGACCUUGAGGAACUUUGGUCUGGGGAAGGAUUCCAUGGAGGAGAGGAUUCAUGGAGAGAUACAGUACACCAUUAAUACACUGGAAAAGAGCAUUGGCAAAGCCUUGAGUCCUCAACUUAUGUUUCAUAAUGCGGCCUCUAACAUUAUCUGCCAGGUUCUGUUUGGUACACGCUUCGAGUAUGAUGAUGAGUUCAUCAAAGUGAUUGUUCAAUGCUUCACUGAGAAUGCCAAGAUAGCCAAUGGACCAUGGGCUAUGCUGUAUGACUCUCUUCCCAUGAUUCGUAAAUUCCCACUGCCCUUCACCAAAGCCUUUAAGAAUGCUGAGACUUGUCAGAAUCUUGCAAAGUGCUUGUUGACUGAGCACAAGAAGACCAGAGUCCCUGGAGAACCACGAGACUUUGUUGACUGCUAUCUGGAUGAAAUGGAUAAGAGAGCCGAUGAUGGUUCUUCAUUUUCAGAAGAACAACUGACUAUGUACACUCUAGAUCUUCACUUUGCUGGGACUGACACUACUUCCAACACCCUGCUUACUGGUUUCCUCUAUCUUAUGACCUACCCACACAUACAAGAGCGUUGUCAGCAGGAGAUAGACCAGGUGUUGGAAGGGAAGGAUCGGGCCAGUUUUGACGACAGACACCACAUGCCUUACAUGCAGGCUGUGAUCCAUGAAGUGCAGAGGAUAGCCAACACUGUUCCACUCAGCGUCUUCCACUGUACGACUAAAGACACCGAGCUCAUGGGAUAUUCCAUUCCCAGGGGUACGAUGAUCAUCCCUAACCUGACCUCAGUGCUGAAUGAGGAGGGACAAUGGAAAUUCCCUCAUGAAUUCAACCCUGAAAACUUCCUCACUGACCAGGGAGAGUUUGUUAAACCAGAGGCCUUCAUGCCUUUCUCUGCAGGUCCUCGUAUGUGUCUCGGAGAAGGUCUGGCUCGUAUGGAGCUCUUCCUCAUCAUGGUGACGCUGCUGAGGAAGUUUGAGUUCAUCUGGCCUGAGGAUGCAGGGGAGCCAGACUACACACCCGUCUUUGGGGCCACUCUGACUCCCAAACCUUAUCGCAUGAAGAUACAACUCAGGGCAACGCAGUAAGGCGGUCUGCAGACACACAGGAGAAACAUGGGAGAUGCUCCCAUAUUAACACAAGCAGCCAUUAACUCCUGAGAACAAAUAUGAUAAAAACAGUGGAGGGCUUGAGUAACCGGGUCAUGAUUUCUGGAAAGAGACAUUGCUGUUGAGUUUUUCAAAUGUAUUUUUUUGGCGUUUUGAGCACCACAAGCCGAGUGCCAUUUACUGUAGUU